AUGGAUCCAGAUCCUCGCACAGAAGAUGUCAAAGAGCACUUCACCCUCCGGAAACUCCAGGAGAGGGUGUGGCGCCUCGAAUCAGAGAACAAGGAGCUGAAGGUGAACAACUCCAUCUUGCAGACGCAGUACACCUCGCAGUGCGAGACGCAAGCUGACAUCCUCAGGACACUCCACUCCAACCUGGAGGACAACUAUGCGACUAUAGAGCGGCACGAGCGAAGAAUUCUGGAGUUGGAGCAGAUGCUUGACGACCAGAAGCAGCAGGCGAAGGACGACCUAGAAAGAGAAAUGGCCCAGAAAGACAACAAAAUUGCGGAGCUGAAGACGCAAAAGGAAGAGCUAGAAGACAAGCUCCGGGAGGUGCGCGAGUUCCAGAGGGACAAGGAGAACAUGGAGAAGGAGCUCGCCUCACUGAAGCAGCAGCUCGAGGAGAAGAAGGAGGAGUUCGCCCGGAAAAUGAGCGACUUCGACCGGAAGAAGGCCAUGGACAUGGACAACCUGCGAAAGGACAUGGUCAAGCGAGUGGAGGAUGCCAAUGAGAUGCUGAAGGCAAAAACCAAGGAUCAGUUGGACUCCACCACCAAACGAACCAUCAUGGAGAACGAGCAGAUGUUUACAGAGCUCCACUUCCAGAGCAAGGAGACAGAAAAGCUGAUGGACAGGAACCAGUCUCUCCUCGAAGAGAACGCACAGCUGCGACGGAACCUUCUCAUCCACAAGGACUUGGAGAAUGAGCUGGCUCGACGGACCCAUCUAUACCAGCGACUACUCAAGAAGAUGGAUCAGAAGUUGAAGUCAGAGGCCGCGCAGCAAGAGCAGUCUCGCGAGUUCAAUCCAUUGAAGUCGACAGAGUCUGCAAUGCCGGAGCAGGAAAGCUUCUCGCUGGGUGGCUCCCGGGAGGUGUCUGGAGGCCAUCCGCACAGCACCAGCCUCUCCAUGGAGGAGAUAAGCCGCUUGCAGAGGCAGGUGGAGGAUCACCAGAGCACGCUGCAGAUGGUGCGGCAUGAGUUUGCACAAUAUCGGCGCGACCAUGCGACCCUGGCCCAGCUUCAGGACCAGAGCACGCGCCUGAUCAUUUCCGCUCUCUACGAGCUGAAGCAGCAGAAGGAUCAAGCUCCCUUCCCUCCCACGUCGUACGACCCUGAUGCUGAGUGGCAGUUCAGCAACAUGACGCCCAAGCAGAAAGAGUACUUUUUCCGUGUUCUGCUGGAGAAGCUCAACAGCAGCAUGUGCGCGAUGUGCUUUCCUGUGGGCCCUCAGGCGGCCUCCACAGCAAGCCUGCCGGCCAUCGGGAAGACGGAGCAAGGGGGCAAGGAGGGAAUGCGCUUCUCCCAGUUCCUGUGGUCGGUGGCCACUGAUGGCGGGCCCUCCCAAGGCCUUCGGCAAGAGAUGUGCACGAAAGCCUGCCAGACGGAGACCAGCACGGCAGAUCCAUGUUUGAAGGAGGGGAUCUGGAACCCGAAGGGCAAAACCGCGAACCUCAACUCGGCGGGCAUGCUCACUGCUGGCAUGGUGGCUGGCAAUGUGAGGAACUGGGGCCCAAAGGCGGUGUCCCACCGGACCCGCGGCUUCUGA